UGUGACUGAAGCGUUGAAAACUGCCAGAGCUGCAGGUCAGUCCUCAGUGCUCAUUCUGCUGGACCUCUCGGCCGCAUUUGACACAGUCAACCAUGACUUCCUCCUAACUAUACUCUCGAACAUGGGGAUCGCAGACAAUGUGCUGUCAUGGUUCAGAUCGUACCUCACUGGGCGCUCGUUCAAGGUGUCGUGGCAAGGACAGCUGUCCUCAGCCUGCUCCCUAUCCACUGGGGUUCCCCAAGGUUCGGUACUGGGACCCCUUCUCUUCUCCAUAUACACCACCUCUCUUGGUCGGGUUGUCCGCUCACACGGAUUUUCCUACCAUUGCUUUGCUGAUGACACCCAGCUAUACCUGUCGUUCUCACCUGAAGAUCACUCUCUGCACGGAUAUCGCAGUGUCUCUCUGACAUAUCCUCAUGGAUGAAGGAGCAUCACCUUCAAUUAAAUCUCUCAAAGACUGAACUUUUGGUUAUACCAGCAAAACCAUCUUACCAACACAACUUCUCUAUAAGUAUCGACUCUCUCUCUCUCUCACCGACAAAGGUUGCUAGGAACCUGGGUGUUCUGGUUGAUGACCAACUCUCCUUCACGCACCAUGUGGCCUCAGUUGCUCGGUCCUGCUGCUUUGCGCUCUAUAACAUCCGAAAAAUUAGACCGUUCUUGACGCAACAGGCCACCCAACUCCUGGUGCAAGCGGUCGUCAUCUCACGCCUCGACUACUGCAAUGCCCUGCUAACUGGCCUCCCAGCCUGUGUAGUAAAACCACUCCAGAUGAUCCAGAACGCAGCAGCACGUCUGGUCUUCAACCAGCCAAAACGGGCACAUGUCACCCCGCUGCUCAUUGAGCUCCAUUGGCUACCAGUUGAUGCUCACAUCAAAUUCAAAGCUCUUACAAUCGCCUACAAGGUGAUGACAGAACAGGCUCCUUCCUACCUGCACUCGCUCCUGAAAGCUUACGCUACCUCCCGGCCGCUGCGCUCCUCCAAUGAACGUCGCCUCGCUUUGCCAAACAUUCACACAAAGCAAUCCAGACUGUUCUCAUACAGAGUUCCCCAUUGGGGGACAAACUACCUUCCACUACCAGAUCAGGAGAAUCUCUCGCUAUCUUUAAGAAACUCCUGAAGACAGAGCUCUUCAAAGAGUACUUCCUCUCUUAACACCUCUAACACACUAACUACUUCUAACCUCAUUUCCUUCUUCCCCUCCUUCACUCCUCUAUCCUAUUAUUCCCCUUUGACCUCCUU